AUGGCGACUUCCAUGCUGCACUAUUUCGGCUUCGGCAACAAUGUUCCUCCCUCCGCCAAGGACGAAGUGAAAGAUGGCCCGGUGCGUGCGUUACCAGCAUCAUGGUAUAUAUCUCCAGAAAUGUAUGAGCUGGAGCGCCGGGCCAUAUUUUCCAAGAGGUGGAUCUUCCUUACACACAGCUCACGCGUACGAGAGACCGGCGAUUGGCUACGCUAUGAGAUGGCGGGGUUCAACUUCAUCAUUACCCGUGACCGGCAAGGAAACGUCAACGCAUUCCACAACAUUUGCAGGCAUCGUGCGUAUCCAGUCAUUGAGAAAGAGGGCUCCGGGAACUCCAAGAUUUUGUCCUGCCGAUACCAUGGCUGGUCGUAUGGACUGAAUGGUAAAUUGGCCAAAGCUACCGGAUACAAAAACGUGGAUGACUUCGAGAACGAGGCCAAUAGUCUUUUCCGAAUCCAUGUCAGGGUUGAUGUCAAUGGCUUUAUCUGGGUCAAUUUGGACUCGAAGGAAGUCCCAGAAGUGCCUUGGGAGGAGCAUUUCCGAGACGUCGACAAGCAAGAGAGGUACAAACAUUACAAUUUCGACAACUAUGACCUCGACCACACCUAUGAGCUAGACGGUCGCUACAACUGGAAGAUUCUGGCCGAUAACUUCAAUGAAUGUUACCAUUGCCCCACCACGCACGCGGAUAUCCCUGAAUUUCUCAACCUUGACUCUUUCGACAGCGACCUCAAGGAUGGACAUAUUCAACAUCAUUGCGAAUCUACGCCAGAGCAGAUUGCGAAGGGUCUCUACACCGCCAGCACCUACUAUUUCCCUGUCACUGCCAUGGUUGUUUCACCGCAUUUUAUGAUGAUCCAAAAAUUCCUCCCCAAGAGUACCAACAGUUCCAAAAUGGCCUACGAAAUCUACCGCAACAGAGACUCCUCAGAUGCCGACUUUAAGCUCAUCAGUGAGAUGUACGCGCGGGUCAUGAGUGAAGACAAAGUCCUCUGCAACAACCAACAACAGAACCUCGACCGAAAUGUUUUCGUUAACGGUCAACUCCACCCGAAGUACGAAAAGGCACCUAUCUUUUUCCAGAGUACAGUUCGCGAGGUUAUCACCGAGCACUUUGAGCGCGAGAAGUUGGAGGGACGGGAGAUUUGGCCAGCGAAACAGAAGUUGGCAUGCAACGCGAAAAUCAGCGAGAAGGAUGAGGAGAUCUGUGCAGCUCUCAGCUGUGGACAGAAAGAAGUUCUGGCUUGGUAA